AUUUCUUCGUCUUCAUCGAAACCCCAAUUCCCCAUCGUCUCUCUUUCUCUCUGUGUGUAUGUAUAUGUUGAUGUAUAUAUAACAAUAUACACGCGCAUAUACACACACAUUAUAUAAUAUAAUCUCGAGUGCAAUUGCUCCUUCUCUUUCUGUCAAUCCUAAUCUUUAUUCAGAGAGAGAGAGAGAGAGAGAGAAAGAGAUCGAAAGCGCUUGUUUACGAUGACGAAUUCCGACGCUGCGGUGGUCCAGGGUGGAAGCGACGCCGUUUUGGGGUGUAAUUUGAAGCGUGAGAAGCUUAUAAUUGAUACUGACCCUGGAAUCGAUGACACUAUGGCAAUCUUAAUGGCAUUUCAAUCUCCGGAGUUGGAAAUCUUGGGCUUGACAACAAUAUUCGGUAAUGUUACCACAGAAGAUGCCACUCGCAAUGCGUUGCUUCUGUGUGAGAUCGCAGGACAGCCAGGUUUGCCUGUGGCGGAGGGAAGCCAUGAACCUCUGAAGGGUGGAAGGCCACGUGUUGCUGACUUUGUCCAUGGUUCCGAUGGAUUGGGGAACAUAUUUAUACCUCCUCCAGAAACAAAGAAAAUUGAGAAGAAUGCUGCUGAAUUUCUAGUUGAUACUGUGUCUCAAUAUCCUGGUGAAGUAUCAAUACUUGCCCUUGGCCCUUUGACAAACUUGGCAAUGGCAAUCAAAAGGGAUUCUUCCUUUGCAAAAAAGGUGAAGAGGGUGGUUGUACUUGGGGGUGCUUUCUUUGCAUUGGGAAAUGUAAAUCCUGCUGCUGAAGCAAAUAUAUAUGGAGACCCUGAAGCAGCAGAUGUUGUGUUUACUUCUGGGGCUAACAUCACUGUUGUUGGAAUAAAUAUCACAACUCAAGUCAAGUUUACAGAUUCUGACCUCCUUCAACUGCGGCAAUCAAAAGGAAAGCAUGCUCAGUUCAUCACUGACACAUGUAAAUUCUACAGAGAUUGGCAUGUGAAAUCUGAUGGUGUUUAUGGGAUUUUCCUUCAUGACCCUGUUAGUUUUGUAGCAGUAGUCCGUCCUGAUCUCUUUACAUACAAGAAGGGGGUUGUGAGGGUUGAGACUCAGGGCAUCUGUGUUGGGCAUACACUGAUGGAUCAAGGACUAAAGAAUUGGAAUUCAAGCAAUCCAUGGACAGGCUAUUCUCCUGUUGAAGUUGCUUGGACAGUCAACGUGGAUGGAGUCCUUGAUUAUAUAAAAGAUCGACUGAUGUCUUCGUGAGAGCUGUGGGAUUCUGGGAUUCAGCGACUUCAAUCAGAAUGGUGUCAAUAUUAAUAAAAAAAAAAUGUAGAAAGGGUGACCUCAUGUUCUAGUCAUUCGCAGAGAUACAUUUUCUUGCGGACUAGCUAGAUGCCUAGAUCAACCUUACAUUUAGUGAACUCGUAAACAUUAUGUUACCAAAUCAGCUGUAAAACUUUCUAAAAGUAGUGAAAAAAUACAACUGGAAGUUCUGUGCAA